UGUUCCGGAAAAAACCGGAAGUAGUGCUGCAGACUAAUCGUCCGUGUUGUUAGCUUAGCUUAACUGCUGUUUGUAUCUAAAAUGUUAAAUUCUGGUUUGUUGGGAUGAUAUGUUUUCGUGCAGAUACAUUUUUGUUUGGUAGACGAUACUUUAAACUUUAGCUUAAAUACUAAAGAACUAAUACGAAACUAGCAUAGCAGAGUGAUCGGAAACACCAGAAUGAAUCUGAGGAGUUGUGUUGACAUGUGAAGCAGUCCUGUUUUUAGCCAUUUUAAUGGGGAAAAGAAAGGACGUGAUGAUGAUUCACCCCAGAUUUCUUGGAGAAGGUAGCUCCAGCCUGCACAGCAUUCACAAGCGGAAACACAAAAAACACAAGAAGCAUAAGAAGAAACACCACAGCUUUGCUGAGGCCCCAGAGCCAGUGCCCAUACCCGUGCCCGUGUCCAUCCCUCGGGCUCCACCUCAACUCAGACUGAAGAUCAAACUGGGAGGACAGACUCUGGGUACCAAAAGUGUUCCCACCUUCACCGUCCAUCCUGGCGUGGCUCGUCCUCCCUCCCCACUGAUGAUCAUUGAUAAUGAUGUGGAUGAUGACGACGACAAUGAAGAAGAUGAUGAUGACGAUGAGCCCUCUGUGCCUUUGGAGCAGUACCGAGCCUGGCUAGAUGAAGACAGUAACCUGGCAGCAUCUCCUCUACCAGACAUGGAUUCGGACUCCAUGCUGGGCGGGCCUGUGGACGAGGAGGAGAGAUGGCUGGAUGCUCUGGAAAAAGGAGAACUUGAUGACAACGGGGAGCUGAAGAAGGAGGUGGAUGAGUCUUUGCUCACCGCCAGGCAGAAAGCCCUCCUCCACAAGCAGCAGACCCAGCCUCUGCUCGAGCUGCCUAUGGGCUACAAAGAAAAAGAGAUGACUGCUGAGAUGAUGCAAAAGCGGGAGGAGCGAGCUCGAAAGAGACGCCUGCAGGCAGCCAAGAAGGCAGAGGAGAACAAGAACCAGACCAUCGAGAGACUGACGAAAACCAGCAAGGCCAAAAUCAAAAGCCUGAAGGAGAGGAAGUCCAAGCAGAACCAGUGCCCCAUGGUCCGCUACAGCGACUCAGCACAGGGAAUUACCAUCUCUUUCCCUGCAGGGGUCUCUGCUCCAGCCUCGGCUCCCCCCUGCCCUCCACCGGCGACCCUGGUGAACUGUGGUGUGAGCGGGUGCUCCAACAUUAAAAAGUACUCGUGCUCCAAGACCGGGGUUCCUCUCUGCAGCCUGGAGUGUUACAGGAGGAACCUGCUGCUAGUGCAGAGCGCAGCCUGAUCCUCUGCUACCAUGUCAUGUUGCUUUUCUGCUGUGUUACUUUUUAAACAUCCUGAUUAUAUAAAAUGUGAAAUUACCUGUUAAAUAAACCAAAUAUUUAUGA